GUACUCGUUCAGCCACCCAUCAACACGUACCAUCACAGCAAGGGAGGUCACCUUCUUGCACACAGUUGUAACGCGCAAUAAGAUACCCUGCACGUGUUGCGCUGCUCAAGUUGUUCAAGAUGUUGUGACUCUUUGCUUUAUUGUACGAUACCUUGCUCGAACUCUGCUACAUGAGCUGCCCUGGACGUUGUCGUGUUUCCUUCCCCAUUGUCUAAGAGCCUGAGUAUACGUAAAAGCACGCAGACAGACGACACCAACACACGAGCACACAGUUUGUGUGUCAAGGCUCAGGCUCUGACACAAUGGAGUUCUUCCACCUGCUUGACUGCAUAUGCGCCAUCUUGUUGUGUUCCCUUGCUCUGUGGUGCGGAAUUUCUCGCUUCAUGUACAGAAAUAUGGCUUCGACAUCUGAAUCUGACGUUGACAUGGAAAGGUCACCACAGUGGGACGACGUCAGGAAGGAAAUGCACGAAGCCAUUGCAGCGAAAGACGAGGCUCGUGUUCUGAAGUGCCUGGAUGCUGCGCCUGCAUUGAAACUGUGGUUGGAUCCUGUCACAGAUGAGUCAGCUCGUUACAAAGCAAUCGAAGAAGGAGCCUUCAAUAUUCAUGGCCUUUUAGUCUCGCGGGAAUGUGGACUCAAGAACGACACCGAAUCAUUGUGUUACCAACAUCUCUCACCCCUUGAACAAGCUGAAAUUCGUCGACAACGAUAUUACACCACAGAAUGCGAGGGCUCUUACAUCGACUAUUUGAAAAGCAAAUCACUGAGCGUCACCAGAUGUGAUGACUUCUCUGUACGAUUGGAGAAGAUGUUUAAGCAGCUCUCCAGUGAUGAAGUAAACAGGAUUAUUCUCAAAGUGGCUGCAAGAGCGCCACACCUGGAAAUAAGGUUCGACUACAACAGUGAAAACGUUCAAGGGAUCACGGGAAGUUGCAAUAGAGGCGUUGCCGGCCUUACUUUGUACAAAGAACAAAGAGUUUUCAUCAGGGGCCGUGCUGCAGAAGCCAAAGUCUGGGGAACACUUAUUCAUGAGUUAUGUCAUAUGGCACUUUACCUAGUGUACAGGAACGAUGGCAAGCCAUAUUACAGGGACGAUAAGGAGCGGGAGAACCAAUACAAUGACAUCGUGAAUGACAUAAAAUCGAGGAAGGAAGAACUGAACCUUCUCAUCCAGCAAGCUUUAAAGGACAGAAAUGAAGAAGAAGAGUUAAUUGUACGGGUCCCCCACGUACUGGUUCAACAUGGUUGCGACGAAGGUCAUAGGGUUCUGGAACAGGAAGUACCGGAACUCCGAAAUUUUUUCGAGGAACAUGUCAUCCCGGACAUGAGGGAAUACAUUCGGAAUGGAAUCCCAUCCAUAGAUGCAACACAGAUAGAAAAGGAAAACGCUAGACUGAACAAAGCUUUGAACACUGGCAAUCUCAAAGUCCAGUUUGAGAAACCAAUAAAGAGAAGUCUCUGGGAGAAGGGGUCGCUUCACAUCGUUACGGGUCCAGAACUGAGGCUUCUCGAAAUAAUGGUUCACAACUCUGUGCAAUCUACUGGUCGACCAUACUUGUUUUUCGAAGAACACGAGAACUACCCCACGCUGGACUGUGAUGUGUUAGUGAAGAACAAAUGUGCAUUUGUGCUCGUGACAGUUCGUUGCAUAACAGGCUUGAUAAAAACUCUUAGAUUCCUGAGUGAAGUGUCCGCUGUUACCGGAAAUAAAGUCAUCUUGCUCGUGGAAGACAGCGAGAAAGAAAAUUUGAUAAAAAAAGUGCAAGAAGGUGCAUUAUUUUCCGGGGUGCACGAAGAUCACAGGAUCGACGAAGCAAGCUUUGAGCAUGUCACGAAUAGCUACAAAAACAAAGUUUUCGAAAUUUCUCGCGUAAAACUUCAAGGUCAAUAUGUUUCACGGCUUCCAGAGGUCAUAAAUAUGGACACCUUCUUACAGUGCGUUGACACUGCAGUUUUCCUAAACCUAUCCGAGUCAGAGAUCAUUGACCUGGGACCUCCUGUUCAUGAACUAGAAGAACGUGUUCAGAACUAUUACGUGCAAAGAGAGUGUAGAAGAGCCGUGGAAAUUAACUUGAAGGAAUGCAAUCUAAAAGACGACAGUGAGGCAUUCGCACUUCUGGGUUGUCCACACAAUGAGGUCGCAACACUUCUACCUCACGGUUGUGUGGCAAAGGCCAAGGGGGAAUUAAAGAAGUUCGAGAAAUUCGUACUCCUCCAGGAGCCACGUGACUACGAAGCUCUCCUGGAAUAUUGUCAUUUCCGAGACAGAGUAGUGCACCUGCUAAAGUUCGACGAACCUCGUAAGAGACUCUUGUGGACAAAAUCAAAUGGUCGUCUCAGUCACCUUCCAUUGACGGGAAGUGAGAGUUACACCGAGGACGCGUUGUUCAACGUAGACGAGAAGGUUGUCAUCGUCUCCGGUGUAUCAGGAAUGGGAAAGAGUACUCUAGCAAAGCGCUUGUGCAGAGAAUUAAGAACUCAAGACAAGAAGAGGUGGGUGCUCUACGUCGACCUUCCUCAGAGAAUGGCAUUAGUGAAAACUUCGUCGCCUAGUCUGGGAUAUCUGGCGGAUCUGUGCGAAGUACAAAAAGAUGGGUUGGAGUUUGUCUUGUUCGAGGAAACCUUGAACAAUGGAAGCCCUUUCGAAGUUGCUCUCAUCUUAGAUGCGUUUGACGAAAUCAACGAGAAAUGUCGCAAGUGCGUGCUGGAUCUUAUACUGUUUGUGGCUAAGACCAAAGUGUACAAGAUAUACGUUUUUACUCGCACUGUGUUUCAACGCCAAGCACAAGAUAACUUGCACACGGUGCGAUAUGAACUUGAUCCUUUUUCUCAUAACAACCAGGAUGACUUCUUCGCAAAAUAUAGGGGCGAAAGAGAAACUUCAGGCACCAGCAAUAAUGAAUUUUUGCGUAUGUUCCAACAAAUGUAUAACUCUUUGCAAAAGGAAAACAAACCAAUCCUAGGAAACCCUCUCCUACUUCGCAUGAUGGCCGAGAUGAAGAAUGGAGAAAUUGCAGAGUCUGACGAUUGCUUUUCGCUUCUUAAUACUGCUGGCAUUUCUGGUGACAGGAGUAUAUACGUUAUACACGUGUACAAGAUGUUUGCCGAAUACAAGCACCUUGUACACAGAAAAGAAAAAAUGAAAGAGAACAUCUCCCUAAGUGCUGUGCGAGGGGACAACCAUGACUUGCAGUUUUCAUUCUACACAAACCAUUGUCUCCUCGCCAUGAAGUGUAUAUUUCCUCAGGACAUCUUGGAAAUAUUAUUGAAUGAAGACGAAUUAAAGAAGUUAGAUCCUGAUGGAAGAUUGAUCAAGGGCGCUGGUGACAGUUGUCUGAAAGAAGGUUUUGUGAAUGGAAUUAACGACGCAGGAAUUCCUGAGUUCGCUCACAAGACUUUCGCCGAAUUUUUCGUAGCUCACUAUCUCCUGGAGAAGGCAAAGAUAAGAACAAAAUCGAGCUACUGGGAAAAAGUCCUAGAAUUGUAUGGUAAAGAAGACUACGAGGGUGUAAUGCUGUUGUUCGAUGGACUGGCAUCUGUGUCCUACCCACUUCACUCUGCUGUGAUAAACAACGACGCUUCAUAUUUUGAGCAACUCGUUAUCCAAAGAGAGGAUAUGUUGAAAGUCGAUGAGCUCGAAAGGACGCCAUUGCACGUAGCUGCCCUGCAUUCUGAUGAAGCAACAUUGAAGAGGCUUCCAAUGGAUGAUGAACUAAUCAAGAAUGAUUUGUUUAAAAUGUCACCUUUCGAGUACGUAGAACUCUUUUCCUCAUGGCACGCAGAGUGGAUGGAAGAUCUGUGGGAAGGGUCUGUUAUGAAUGAUUUGACGACUGUGGCUCUGAAGGAAUAUCUGCGGACUAAGACUUCACCUGUGCAAGAGAGACUCAACGUAUUAUGCGCUCGAUGCAGUGAGGAAGCAGUGAGACGUUCUACCCAAAAUCUGCGCAGGUGUGAAACCUUCGAGCAAAAAAGACUUUUUCUAGAGCGAGUUAUAUUCACAGCUGUGAUGCACGAGCUACCAGGCGUUUUAGACGUGUAUCUGAGCUAUGUGUCCCCGAGAGAGAGUACAAGAGAACUAGACAGAGACAUCAUGGACCAAUUAGAAUCACGCAAGGAACGAAGCUUGAGAUGUUCUGCAGAGUCUUCGGUAAUUGGAAAGCUUGACAGUAUUACAGACAGUAGGAAUAGAACUGUCCCGUUUUACGCAAAGACUGAGGCUGUUUGUAAAAUGCUCCUUCCUUACUGCGAUAUGGGAAUUCUUGACAACGAUGGAAACACAAUGUUGCACGUUAGCGCGGAAGAAGGAAAUCUGGAGACAACAAAGUUUUACAUUUACCUCGCACAUUUAUCCGCUAACAAUGGAAAUAGAAAAUUUCAAACUCCUUUGCACUUGACAGAAGAUGCACAGAUUGUGACGCUACUUCUUCCUCUUUAUCCCUCAGUGAAUGUUCUCGAUUGUAAGCAACAAACUCCGAUGGAUAUAUGUGCAGAGAGAGAUGAUUUGGAGGCCAUGAAGUUGUUACUCCUUCGCACUCGGACAUAUGACGAACAUCACAUCAGGCUGAACACAACGCUUCAUGAGGCUUCUGCCUCUCUUUCCCUUAAAGCUGUGACGUUUCUUCUACCCCACACAAACGCGCACAUGCUUAACUACGAAGGAGAAACGUGCUUAGACGUUGCUUUGAUAAGAUCGGGAUAUCUGUCGAGUUCGGAGUCCAACGUUGUCAGGUGUCUCAUCCCACACUCGCUCGUAAACUCACCUGAAACUUUCGGCUCAUCACCGUUGUACGUUUGGGCGGAAGACUGUAGAAGGAAAGCGAUGCAAACUGUAUGGCCUUAUUUGCGACACAGUGACCCUAGGCAUGCACAGAGGAUCAGCAGAAGAGAUGUGUGUGUGUGGAGGAUCAGGGAUUUCCAACAAGAAAUUUCGUGUUUGAAACAUCUCUUCCUCCAUUUAGAUGUCAUCGCUGGUGAUCCUGAUAGCCGCAAACUGCUACAUGAUACGGCCAAGAAGAAGCUACGUGAGAUAAAAGAAGAAAAUCUCAUUAAUUACAUGAAGCUGUUACUGCCGCAUUUAAAUCUCAGUGAGCAGGAUUAUGUAGAACGUGGAGUAAAAAAUGAGGACAUUGUUACCUUAUAUCGGGGAUGGUCGCACAUGAAUAACACCGAUGAUCUCCACAUUGACGAUGUCAACGCGGAAAUGAUCGACGACGAUGGCAAUAUCAAGUUGCUAAUAGAAGCAGAGGAAGGAAAUGUGGAAGCUGUUAAGAUUCAUCUCUCCCAUUCAUCCGUGUGCUUUACAGAUGAAGAAGAGAACACUGCAUUGCACUUAAGCGCGUGGAAGGGACACACAAAUGUGGUGAAGCUUCUCAUUCCUCUUUAUACAUCAGUGGAAGUGAUCAAUGUGUAUCGAAUGACGCCCAUGCAUAACCACUUGCUAAUGAGUCCACUUCAGUUUCCAGCUUACACUCUACGCCCAGUAACGGUUACGUACCACACGAACAUCAGGUACAUUAUCUUCUUCUUUCUGAUUGAAGAUGUACGGCUAACGUGA